UCCUGUGAGAUCUAACCCUCUGUGAUCCUGGAGGAUCCUGGAGGAUCACAGAGGGUUAGAUCCUGGAGGAUCACAGAGUUAACAGAUGUCAGUGAGACAAAGGAAUCGAUCGUAUCAAAAAGGAGGAUUUAUUUUAUGAGAAGAGAUGAUACUGGGUCCUAGCUUUACUCUCUAAAAGUCUGAGAACCUUCACAUUUAGAGUUUGGCUCUGCAUGUGUCUGCUUAUGUGGACGCUUUGUGCUCACAGUGUCCAGCAGAGGGCAGCGUUACCUCGGCCUGUCCCGAUCCGCAGCAGAAGAAGGAAGUAGCUGCUGUUCCACUUGCAAUGAUCGUACUUGUGGACUCCCGUACUUGGCGAGUAUGUGCUCUGGCCGUACAUCCUUGGGUAUUGAGAAACUAGCGCCUCCUAUUGAUGAUCCACCUGUCGUUUUUUAGUCAGGCUUCCUUCUUGUUACGGACGAUAGGUGAUGAGUUGAUGGUGUAGAAAGAAAGCCUCUGACACAGGACUCGUACCAAAGUCAGGCUUCAGACCGAGCUCUGCAGCAGCUGGGGAGAAUGUUUCUGCCAAAUCUCCGAACAAUUCCAUGCUUUUAAAAGUUCUCUGACAUCAUCCUAUACCUCACAUUUGCCCAUUUUAGGUAUUCUAUCUUUGACCUCUGUUGUGAACCUGUUGUAAACUGUCAUAGGUGAUGCAUCUAAACCCCAAAAUAACCCUCUUUUGCUUCUCAAUGCAAUGAAAUGCACCUCUUUAACACAUUCAAGACAAAAAUGAGCUGUGUUAAUGUGUUCGUCUAAGUUCAUAUACUUUACACCACUGGAAUAAAACCCCUCUGUUAUCCACUGGACUUUCAUUUCAAUAAGAACGAGCUAAACGACAGAAAAGCACAAACAUCUGAAUCAUCAUCAUCAUCAUCAUCAUCACUCUGAAGAUAACGUUUGCUUCAUGAAAACAUUUGAUUUCAAACAUAUUUGCCCCGUCAGUCACUUCCUCCUGUUUUCAUGAGUGAAUGAAACUGUGGCAACGAUGUUUUUCAUGAUGAAGGUGAAACAGUGAGGUUCAUGUUCACGCAGGUGUGCUCUCCUCCUGUUUACUUCUAUUCCACUGUGGCUUUUGUCACUGUUAUAAAUACUCGCAGCAACAUCUGUGAUGUGCAGAGACGCUGAGACGUCGUGUUUUCUGUCGACGCUUCACCUGCGAAUGUUUCAUGUUGUUUUAUUGUUCUUGUACCAAUGACAUUGAUCAGUCUGCAAAUAUCUGAGUGUUCAGGGAUGUUGUGGUUCUUGUGGUUCGGUUCACUGUGGCUCGGUUCCGCUCCGUCCCCACUGCUCGUGGGUCUGGUGGGUCUUGGGUUCGGAUCCCAGCUGGUUCAGGCCGUGGCUUGUUCUCGCUGGGAGACGCCUGGUGUCACGGGUCUGUUCCAGGACGGGGACGUCGUCAUCGGCGGUCUCUUCAGCCUUUAUUACCAACCUCCAGCUUUAGAUCAUGACUUCUCUCAGCUGCCGCUCUACAAACCUUGCACCAGACUGCAGGCUCUUCCAUUACAGUACAUAUAUGCCAUGGUGUUUGCGCUGGAAGAAAUCAACGAGAGUGUGAGGCUGCUGCCAGGAGUGAAGCUGGGUUAUCACAUUCACGACAGCUGUGCUCUUCCCCUCUGGGCUUUACGAGCCGCUCUGUCGCUGGUCGGAGGAAACAGCAGCAGCUGCAGUUUUUCAGCCGCGACUGACGGAGGAAAGAAAAGUGGAGAAGAGUCGGGUGAUCAGGCUGUUCCUCUGAUCAUCGGCGGCGACUCGUCAAUAACAGCUAUGAUUCUCUCCAGACUCCUGGGGCCGCUCGCUGUGCCUUUGCUGAGCUACACGGCCAGCUGCCCAUGUCUGAGUGACAGGAGCCAAUAUCCAAACUUCUUCAGGACCAUGCCCAGCGACAUUUACCAAGCACGAGCCAUCGCGCAGCUUGCGAUCAGCUUAAACUGGACAUGGAUUGGAGCUGUAGUGGCAAAAAACAGUUAUGGCCUCAUGGCAAUAAAGGUGUUUCCACUGCAAAUGUUACAGCAUGUGUGUCAGAAACAUGCACAGGUGAGACUUUACAUUUCUGAUUCCAACUGCUUUAAUCAGAUUUUUCAGGAGGAGACUCGAGGAGCAGGAGUGUGUUUGGCAUUUGUGGAAACUCUCCGCAGAGAGAAUAUUGUGAGCGAUGCCACACGCGCAGCACUUGCCAUUCAAGCCUCGACUGCAAAGGUGAUUCUGAUCUUCACCUGGUACACAGAUGUGAGGGAACUGUUCCAGCAGCUGGACGCCAGGAAUGUGACUGACAGGCAGUUUCUGGCCAGUGAGGCCUGGAGCACCAGUGGGGAUCUUCUCCAACAUCCUUCCUCUUCUAAAGUGGCAAGUGGGGUCCUGGGAGUGGCCAUUAGGAGUUCAGCUAUACCUGGAUUUGAAAAGUAUCUCAGAAAUCUCAGCCCAUCUCAUCGUCCAAAUGAUAAAUUCUUACGAGAAUUUUGGGAGAACGUGUUUCUCUGUCGUCUUAAAGACUCGGCUGCUGCUAACACACUGCCUCCGUGCAGUGGCACAGAGUCUCUGCAGACGGUGCACAAUCUUUUUACGGACACAUCUCAGCUAAGAGUGACGUAUAACGUCUACCUGGCUGUUUACGCCGCAGCCCACGCUCUUCACAGGCUUCUCUCGUGUCCUGACAUUAAGAGUCUUCCUGGAAACAGCAGCUCCACCUGCUCCGUUCCAAAACACAUCAAACCCAUGGAGGUCCUACAGCACUUGAUGAAGGUGAACUUCACUACACCACAGGGGGAAAUGUUUUAUUUUGACGGAGCUGAUGUUCCAGCAAAGUACGACCUCGUGAACUGGCAGAAAACUCUCGGAGGGAAACUCAAACUUGUCCUGAUUGGUCGUGUAGAUGGAUACGACCUCCAAAUGAAUGAGUCAGCAAUUCAAUGGAGCACAGGGUCCAAUCAGGUUCCUGUUUCAGUUUGCAGUGAGCGCUGUCGUCCAGGAACCAGAGUGGCCACAAGGAAAGGAGAACCAGUCUGCUGCUUUGACUGUCUCCGGUGUACUGAAGGAGAAAUAAGCAACACAACUGGUUCUCCUCACUGUGAACCUUGUCCACCUGAGUUCUGGUCCAAUUCUGACAGAACCGCCUGCGUCCCUCGCCAGCUGGACUUCCUGUCCUUUAAUGAAACCUUGGGUAUAACACUAACUACAGUUGCUGUGUUUGGUGUCACGGUGACAACAGCUGUGUUUGUGGUUUUUCUUUACUACCGUCAAACACCGAUGGUUCGAGCCAACAACUCUGAGCUGAGCUUCCUGCUUCUUCUGUCUCUGAAGCUGUGCUUCCUCUGCUCUCUGGUCUUUAUCGGUCGUCCGUCAGUCUGGUCUUGUCGUUUCCAGCAGGCAGCCUUUGGCAUCAGCUUUGUUCUUUGUGUUUCCUGCCUUCAAGUCAAAACCAUGGUGGUUCUGGCAGCCUUUCGCUCGGCUCGUCCUGGAGCCGAAGCCUUGAUGAAGUGGUUUGGUCCAGGUCAACAGAGAGGAAGUGUCUGCUUCUUCACCAGUAUACAGGUUCUCAUCUGUGUCAUUUGGCUCUCAAUCAGCCCACCGGUUCCUCAGCCUGACCUCGAUGUGCCUGGUUUAAAGGUGACGCUGCGAUGUGCCAUGGCCUCGGUGGUGGGCUUCUCUCUGGUUCUGGGCUACAUCGGCCUCCUCGCCUGCACCUCCCUCCUCUUGGCUUUUCUCGCUCGGAAACUCCCCGACAACUUCAACGAGGCCAAACUCAUCACCUUCAGCAUGUUGAUCUUCUGUGCAGUCUGGGUGGCGUUUGUUCCCGCCUACAUCAGUUCUCCUGGAAAAUAUGCAGUUGCUGUGGAGAUUUUUGCGAUUAUUGCCUCUAGCUAUGGUUUGCUUUUCUGUAUCUUUGCUCCAAAGUGUUUUAUCAUUCUUUUAAGGCCCGAGAAAAACACCAAGAAAUACCUGAUGGCCAGGUAGCAGAGGAAACUAUGCCUUUGUUUAUGAUUGUGAGUCAUCACAUUUAUCAAUUCCAUAUGCAUUUCAGUCACCAUACUUUAAAAGUACUGUAAUUACGUGUCAAGUAUAGAUUUAUAUUCAUAACCUAUUGGAGUUAAAUCAUAGCCCUUUUUUACUUCAGUGUUUCACAUUUGUACAAAUUCACAAACGUUGCACAGCAAAAGAAAAAUACCAUCAAUAAACAAAUAAAAAUAA